GGGGGCGGGAUCUAGACGAUACGGGAAGGCAGGAUGGUGGCGAGCGGGGCGUCGGUCCCGCCUUAAAGUGGACUGGCGGAUGCGCUGGGACUGGGACGGGCUUCGGGACGCCUCGGACACCUCGCCGCUUUCCGAAGAGUCCAGGAUCCUAAAGGUGGAGGUUAUCUCUGGCAUUGGACUGGCGAAGAAGGACAUCUUUGGAGCCAGUGAUCCAUACACACGAGUCACCUUAUACAACCCCGUAAAUGAAGAACGUGUAAGCGUUCAGACGAAAACCAUUAAAAAGACUCUAGACCCAAAGUGGAAUGAAGAAUUCUACUUCACAGUUCAUCCGCGGAAGCACCGGCUGCUCGUGCAGGUGUUCGACGAGAAUCGCUUGACCCGGGAUGACUUCCUUGGACAGGUGGACAUACCUUUACAUCAGGUCCCAACAGAAAAUCCUAAUGGUGAAAGGCUGUACCAGCAUAAGGAUUUUCUCCUUCACCCGAGGAGUCACAAAUCCCGGGUGAAGGGUUUUCUGCGCCUGAAAAUGACGUACCUGCCGAGAGGUGGCUCGGCCGAGGACGAUGGGACGGACCACACAGAGGAGCCUGAUCCUGGCUGGGAUCUCCUGGAGGGCCAGGACAUGGCUGGGCCUCAGCCCCUGCUGCCUGCGCUGCCCCCUGGCUGGGAGGAGCGGCAGGACAACCUCGGCAGGACAUACUAUGUCAACCACGAGAGCAGGACGACUCAGUGGCAGAGACCUACAGCCCAGGACGGACACGAGGAGGAGGAGCGGCGGCAGACGGGCCACAUGGUGGCACAGCACGCCUUUGCGGCUCGCCGGCAGAUAUCCGAUCACGAGGAGGGCCACCAGCACAGCUGGGGCCUCUCUGUGGAGGAGGAGGCCUCGGCGUAUGGGAACCGCGGACAUCGCUCCUCCCUGCCGUCCCCGUCCCUCUGCGCGGAGCCCGGCCUGCCAGAACGCCGGCCCUCCCUGCCGGCGGUCACAGACGUGGAUGCAGCUGGGACUCCACAUGCUUCCCCGGGGUCGCUGAUCCCGCACCUGUCUCCAGGGGGAGCGCCGCCACGCUCGUCUGAGCCUGGGCCCCCGCUGAGCUUUAUGCCCCCAGGCUGGGAGAUCCGCACUACCCCAGAUGGACGGCCCUUCUUCAUCGACCACAACUCCAGGACCACCACCUGGGAAGAUCCCAGGCUGAAAAUCCCGGCGCACAUGAGGAGGCGACCCUCGCUCGACCCCUCUGACCUUGGGCCGCUCCCAGCUGGGUGGGAAGAGAGACUCCACAGUGACAACAGGAUCUUCUACAUAGACCACAACACCAAGACCACGCAGUGGGAGGACCCUCGAUUGCAGGAUGCAGCCAUAACAGGACCGGCCGUGCCUUAUUCCCGAGACUACAAGCAGAAAUACGAGUACUUCUGCAGGAAGCUGAAGAAGCCGUCCGACAUCCCGAACCGCUUCGAGAUGAAGCUGCAGCGAGCUCGUCUGCUGGAGGACUCGUACAGACGCAUCAUGUCGGUGAAGCGGCCCGAGUUCUUGAAGGCCCGGCUCUGGAUCGACUUUGAGGGCGAGAAGGGCCUGGACUAUGGCGGCGUGGCCCGAGAGUGGUUCUUCCUCAUCUCAAAGGAGAUGUUCAACCCCUACUAUGGGCUAUUCGAAUACUCGGCCACGGAUAAUUACACACUGCAGAUCAACCCCAACUCGGGCCUGUGCAACGAGGAUCACCUCUCCUACUUCAUGUUCAUCGGAAGGGUGGCGGGCAUGGCUGUCUACCACGGCAAGCUGCUGGACGGCUUCUUUAUCCGGCCUUUCUACAAGAUGAUGCUGCAGAAGCCCAUCACCCUGCAGGACAUGGAGUCGGUGGACAGCGAAUACUUUAACUCCCUGAUGUGGAUUCUGGAGAACGACCCGGCAGAUUUGGAUUUGCGCUUCACCAUUGAUGAGGAGUUCUUUGGACAGACUCAACAGCAUGAGCUGAAGCCUGGUGGAUCAGACAUCAUGGUCACCAACAGCAACAAGAAGGAAUACAUACACCUCGUUAUCCAGUGGAGGUUCGUGAACAGAGUGCUGAAACAGAUGGACGCUUUCAAGGAGGGCUUCUAUGAGUUGAUUCCCCGAGACCUCAUCAGGAUAUUUGACGAGAAUGAGCUGGAGCUGCUGAUGUGCGGCCUUGGAGACGUGGACGUCAACGACUGGAGGGAGAACACCAAGUACAAGAAUGGGUACUGCGCCAGCAGCCCAGUCAUCAUCUGGUUCUGGAAGACGGUGCUCCUGAUGGAUGCCGAGAAGCGUAUCCGCCUGCUGCAGUUUGUGACGGGCACCUCCCGUGUGCCCAUGAACGGAUUCGCGGAGCUGUACGGGUCUAACGGGCCACAGCUCUUCACCAUUGAGCAGUGGGGGACGCCCGACAAGCUGCCCAGAGCGCACACCUGCUUUAACCGGCUGGACCUGCCGCCAUACGAGUCCUUCGAGGACCUGCGAGAGAAACUGCAUAUCGUCAUCGAGAAUGCGCAGGGUUUCGAUGGCGUCGACUAGAACGGGGGCACCGGUGGAGCUCCGGCCAAUGGCCGCGCAGAUGCAUGCCUGCCAAUCAAAACCCACCAAGAAGGCCCGCCUCCUUAUUUUUGGUUUCUCAAACAAUCGGGUUGCUCAGUUUCCCAUCUGAGCCCACAGUCUGAGAGCUGCAUGUUCAUUCACGCAGAUGCCUUCUGUAAAUAUCACUGAAUGUGUUUUCAAAAAGAAAAACCACACACACACACUGCCUUAUCCAUUUUGACUAACCCCCAUAUCUCCUGUUCCUGCUGACCAUCUACUCGAGUGUACGCUUGUGCAUGUAUGAUGGUGUUGUGUAAAUGUUUUAUACAUAAGUGUCUUAACAUAUGGCUCUUAAGUAAAGAGCUCUUUGAGACGAAAUGCACGUUUACACAUUACUGGUUCCCUCUAGUGAUAGAUUCACAACUUUUCCUUUGACGUUUAUCACUUUUAAGAUUUUAGCCUUUGUUUUUAAAAGGAAAGAGUUUUGUUACCGAAGUUUAUAAGUCUGGAAGUGCCUUUCUUCAGCUGUUUGCAACUUCAUAUUCAGAUUUAAUUUUUAAUGAACAUUAAGUAUUGCGUUUACAAACAUUUGAGUAUAAGGAUAGGAUUUUUCCCACUUAUUUAUUGCAUAACAAUUACAACUGCCAUAUGUAUUAAUUGUACUAAAAUGUGAGUCAAAAUUGUAUUCUGUUACACUUGAAAGAACAUGAAAUGAAUUAGAAAUUAAAUAUUAAAACGUUAUUUUAUAUAUGCAUCAAUAUAUUUGAUACAUGCAAUUUUGACUGUUAGAGGGUAAAUUAUUUAGUAAAUCUUGUAUAAUUAUUUAAAUAUCAUUAAAAUGCAUGCCAGAGGGAACAGUGCUAUAUUUGGGACAAUUUGAUAAACAACGACGAGCUGUUUACCUCC